AUGCCGCCCGUUCGUUCUUUGCCCGCAGCGAAGAAGCGUAAGCUAUCUCAUGGAGACGAGAUCAAAGCUCUGGAAACGCGCCUUGCAUCUUGUAUAGCCAAUAACGACUCCUUGAACCCCUUGGCCGACCUCUUCGACCUCGCCCUAACGUUCUCAGAGCCCCAGGACACAUCUAAAGCCAUAUACGCGCUCUAUCGAAUAUAUGUCCUAACGAUCACAGGAGGAAAGCUCGAGGCAGGCGGAGACGACGAUGCAAAGGUCGUGAAAGCAUGGAUAUGGGAACGGCUCGACAGUUAUGUGAGUUUCCUGGCCGGACUGCUGAAGGACAACGAAAAAUCACUGCGGACGUCGUCCUUGCAAAUACUCUUCUCCCUCCUCAAAUACCUAUCGACAUCCUUGUCAAAAUUGCAUCCGACCCCACAAUUCCAUCUCACCCAUUUCCGGAAGAUCGUUGCGGCGCUCUUGCUCUGCCCACCUUCUUUACGCCCCUCGGCGCAAGCAUCGGAGCCAGGCAAAUUGGAGCCCGAUGUGCGCGACCAGUUCAUCGACACGUGGCUCAGCGUCAACGACGAUGUGCGGUGGUUCUUCCUCCGCGAGUCUGCUACUUUGCUGGGCAAACACCCCACCGACGAUCGGCCUGCUGAGAACUUGCUGGCGAUCCUGUCUCGCCUCACCACCUUCCCGACGGAUCCUUCCGAGCUCAACUCUUGGUGGGUAUCUGAACUCGGCGCGAAACCGAAAAUGCCGAAAAACAAAAAGAAACGCAAGGGCAAAAACUCCACCGUCAAUAAUGAGGAUUCCGAGGACGACGACGUGCCUCCGAAACGGGAGGAUGGAGAAGACGAAGAAGACGAUGACUGGAGAAAGUUCUUCGACGAGCCCGCUGACGAUGGUGAAGGCUCUGCGUCGAAGUCGAAGUCGGGCGGUGGGGCGCGAGUGUACAAGAUGAAUGUGCACCAGUCGCUGCAUUCUCUCGCGUCGAAUCGCGCGGUGUUUACGAGGGCGUGGUUGACGCUGUUGCCCCGUCUUUCCGAGCCUGGAGGCUCGAGCACGAAGGUUUUGGUAACGAGGGCUUUGAACGUGAUGCAUCGAGGCGUCCUGCCCCAUCUUACCCGUGCCGUGCUUGUGAUGGACUGGAUAUCAGCUUGCGUCGAUUAUGGUGGAAGCGUUGGCCUGCUAGCGCUGAACGCGUUGUUUAUCUUGAUGAAGGAUUAUAACCUAGACUACCCAGCGUUCUACACGCGAUUAUACACUUUCCUAGAUCGAGAAGUCCUUCACCUCAAGUACCGCGCUCGGUUCUUCCGGAUGCUGGAGUUAUUUCUGAGCUCAACACAUCUACCCGCUACCCUCCUCGCUUCUUUCAUCAAGCGGCUUGCAAGGCUGUCUCUGACAGCGCCGCCAGCUGGAAUCAUCAUGAUCAUACCCUUCACUUACAAUACCCUAAAAAAACAUCCCGCGCUCAUGGUCAUGAUCCAUAGAACAGAUUAUGGCGAUACCCCGGAUGGCAACGACCCUUACAACCCCAUGGAACCCAACCCCCUGUUCUCAAACGCGCUCGCGUCGUCGUUGUGGGAGCUCAACACGCAGCGGGAGCAUUAUCACUCGGCGGUAUCCACGCUCGCCAAAAUUUUCUCGGAAGCAUUCACGAAGCAGGCAUACUCCACGGAAGACUUUCUAGACCACACCUACGCCACGCUGUUCGAUACCGAGGCCGGACGUAAAAUCAAGAAAGAGCCCGCUUUGGCGAUGGAACUGGAGCUGGGGAAGGGCGCCGAUUUGUUCCCCGACCCCUCACUCGCUGCUAUCAGUAGUCGGGAAGGGGAAGAAGAAGACGCAGAGAUGGGGCUGGCCCUUGGGGCUGGUGUUGGUGUUGGUGUAGACGUUGUUAGCCAACUGUGGUGCUUUGGUUGA